AUGCUGACUUUUAUUUUGUUUCCAGUCUCUUUUGUGCUGCUUUUAUUAUCAGCGUUCGCCGACGACUCCGGUGAAAAGCUCGGUACCGUGAUCGGAAUCGAUCUGGGUACCACGUACUCUUGCGUCGGAGCAUACGUUAACGGGAAAGUUGAAAUAAUUGCAAAUGACCAAGGCAAUAGGAUUACUCCAUCUUACGUUGCAUUUACGGAUACUGAGCGUCUGAUCGGAGAUGCUGCAAAAAAUCAAGCCACCUCCAAUCCAACACGAACCGUUUUUGACGCUAAAAGAUUGAUUGGGAGAAAAUAUUCUGACAAAGAUGUUCAGCGCGAUCUGAAAAUGUUCCCUUUCAAAGUUGUCAACAAAGAGAGCAAACCUUGCAUCGAAGUUGACUUGAAGGAGGGGAAGAAGGUCUUUCAAGCUGAAGAAAUUUCAGCCAUGGUUCUUGUUAAAAUGAAAGAAACGGCAGAGGGAUACCUCGGGAAGCAAAUUAAAAAUGCUGUUGUAACCGUACCUGCUUACUUUUCUUUCUUAGCAUAUUUCAAUGAUGCACAGCGUCAAGCAACAAAAGAUGCGGGGACAAUCGCGGGACUCAACGUUGCAAGAAUUAUCAAUGAACCUACUGCGGCGGCCAUCGCCUAUGGUCUUGACAAGAAAGGCGAGAAGAAUAUUCUUGUUUUUGACCUUGGUGGAGGCACAUUCGAUGUUUCCAUUUUAACUAUUGAUAACGGUGUAUUUGAAGUUAUUUCAACAAAUGGAGAUACGCACCUCGGGGGUAAGUUCAAUACUAUGUAA